UUUUAUUAAUAAAAACAAUAAUUUUGAAUAUAAAAUAAAAAAUAGGUUAGGUUUAAAAGAGAAGAUGUAUGUAACUUGUUAAUAUUGUGAAUUCUAAAGUUUCAUACUGGAAAGUCAUGUAUGUAGAUAUUUGUUUCAUUGAAGUGAUAAUUUUAUAAUGAAUCAUUUUUAUUAUUUAUUAAUAUAUAGAUAUUUGUAUAUUAUUUUAUAAAAAUACUAUGAAAAGAAUAAAACUAAAAUUAAAAAACCCAAAUCCAUUAUUUGAAUGUUGGUUAGAAGAAUGGAGAAAAGAAGCUGCAUCCAGAAAUUCGGAUUUGCAAUAUCAUUUUUCGAAAGCACUCGCUGCGCUGAAAAAAUAUCCCCUGCCAUUAAAGUCUGGAAAAGAUUGUAUAAUAUUGCAACAUUUUGGAAAAAAAUUAUGUUCGAUGUUAGAUAGAAAACUCGAAGAAUACAAAGCUCAGAAUUCAGAUUUAAUAAAUGAUUAUACUUGUGAAUAUUGCAACCACAAGGAACAAAAUAUAGUUAAAAGAAAAUGUAAAGUUCAAACAACUACAGAUGAAGAUUUUGUACAUCAACGAACAGAAUUAAUAACAUUUAAUAAUAUAAAUUUAUUGUCAUGGAAUAUAGAAAAUUAUGCUGUUUUAUUGAUUUUAUAUAAGAAAUUUCAAGAUUCUUGUUCAGAAUAUGUUACUGAAAUAGAUUUAUUAUCUGAAAUAGAAGAAUUAUGUGGUUUUGCAACAAAGACUUCAAUUUUAGAUUUAGUUGAAAAAAAUUUAAUUUCCAUGAUAUCUGAUCAUGAACCAAUUAGGUAUAAUCUUACAGAACAUGGUAUAAAUGUUUCAAGAAAGAUAUGUGAAGUUACAAGCAUUGAUGCAAAAUCAAUAAAUUCUUUUGAAGUAUUAAGUAAAAUUCAAACAUUUUUAGAGACAUUGAUUAUAGAAAAUUUAGGACUUCCAACAAAUAAUUCGGAUGAAAAUAUUGAAAGGGAAUGUUCUAAAGAUAUACAAAAUAAAGAUUUAAAUUUAGAACUUCCAACAAAUAAACUAAAUAUUGAUAAUACUAAAGUACAAAAAGAAUGUUCUAAAAGUACACAGGAUAAGGACUCAAAUAAAUUUUCAAAAAUAUAUAAAUCCAAAUCUGCAGAAUGUAUUAUUAUAGAAAAUCAUGAAGAGAAAUCUGAUAAGAAUUUUGAAAAGCAAAUAUCUAAAAGAAAUAAUGAUCUUGUAGAAAAUAUACAAGAAAAAACAAAAAAUUUACAAGAUAAAAAUCAUGUGGAUAAUUUAGAAAAUAAAACAGAUUCUAUUGAUAAUUUUCAAAAAAACGUUUAUUUAGAAUCAAGCAAAUUUGAUAUAAUAUUAUUAGUAGAUACUCAAGAAACUUCUGGUGGUAAGACAAAACCUCAACAUGAUGAUACUAUAAAGGAACUAACACAACUUGAUGUAUUAUUUGAAAUACGUCAUUUAAAAGUUGGUGAUUUUGCAUGGAUUGCUAGAUGUAGAAGAAAAAAAAUUGAGUUAAUUUUACCUUAUAUAGUGGAAAGAAAACGGAUAGAUGAUUUGAGUGCAAGUAUUAUAGAUGGAAGAUUUCAUGAACAGAAAUACAGACUAAAACAAUCUGGAAUUACAAAUCUCAUCUAUAUAAUAGAGGAUCAUGAGAAGAGCCAAAGAUUGGCAAUACCAUAUUCAUCUUUGAUGCAAGCUUCUAUUAAUACUCUGAUACAAGAUGAUUUUUCUCUAAAAUAUACUAAGAACCAUAAAGACUCUAUGUUUUAUUUAUCAUCAUUAACUAGAAUUUUAAUUAAAACUUUUAAAGACAAGAAUUUAAUAGGUUGCAAAAAAGAAAUUAUUAAAGAAACAAAUGUUAAAUUACUUCCUUCAAAUAUUUCAAAUAACAUUUAUAAUCUCAUGGAAUUUGAGGAAUUUAAUAAAGCAGCAUCUAAACACAAGGUGUUUAAAAUAAAUGAAAUGUUUAUCCGCCAAUUAUUACAAUUAAAAGGAAUGUCUGUAGAUAAAGCUUUAGCAAUUGUAGAACAUUAUCCAACUCCACGAUUGCUAAUUGAUGCUUUACAUAACCCUGACUGCAAUGGAGAAUUGUUAUUAGCAAAUAUUCAAUUUGGUAAUAGAAAACGUCUUAUAGGAUCAGCAAUUAGUAAAACAAUUUAUCAAUUAUAUACAAAAAAACAUUUUAAUUAAUGAAUGAAAUUUUAUAUAAAUAGAACAAUUAUUAAAUAUUCUCUAAUAUUAUGUCUGUUUUACAUUUUUUUAAUUUUUAUUAUUAACUUUUAAUAAGUUGACUUAUCAAUUAUACCAGUCUUUUUUGCGAAAUUUAUUGUAUGUUAAACAAUAAAUACUUAUUUUUUAUUUUA